GCUGUGGCGAUAACAUAAAAUCUUAAAACUAUGAUAUAACCAAUGUUUUGCGCCAGAUAUCUGAUAGUUCGUUCAGGGGUGUUUUACGAGUCUGCAUGCAUUUGCACAUAAAGUUAAAAAUGAUUAGCGUUCGGGUAUCAUUUUUAUUUCUAUUAUUAUGGGAAACAACUUCAAUUAUUCUCAAAAACGGUGGGUACGAAGAGGUUUAUGUUAUUGUACAUGACAGCAACAACGAAAGUGACAUACUUCUGGGAGGGAUUAAGGAUGCAUUGACAAGUGCCUCGAAACUGUUGUUUACAGCUUCACAUAAUCAGGUGUAUUUUAGAAAGAUAACCAUAAUCGUGCCGAAGUCCUGGUCUUCGAAACCGGAAUACAAGCAACUUCCCUCCCCACCAAUUAAAGAGUCGUAUUUCUUAGUGGAUAGAAAUGGUUUCCCUGCUCCCCAAGUUAGAGGACAAUUUGAAUGUGGGAAAGGAGGCCAUUAUAUGCAUCUGUCACCUAAAUUUCUGCAUAAAGUCCGUUAACAUGGGGACUGCAUGACAGAGUAAUUGUUCACGAGUGGGGACAUCUAAGAUGGGGUUUAUACAACGAGUUACCAAUGGGAGAAAAGUUCUAUCAGGCAGGAGGGAAAUGGAAUCCAGUAAGGUGUACCGACUCAGUGGACGGAAAAAUAGGUUUAGGCGGGACAUGUUCACAUGCACCAGAAAAAUGCAACACAAACAACACUACAAAGGACAUAAACAAAAAUUGCUCCUUCUGCCCUGAUCGUUAUCAAGAUGUAGAUGCAAGUUUGAUGGGCAAUCAGUGGAUCAAUGCGUUGUCUCAAUUUUGUGACAAGGAUGAUCCAACGGUAAAGAAAGAACAUCGGCAUAACAAAUUUGCUCCAACGAAACAAAAUAAGCAAUGUUAUUACAAAAGCGCUUGGGAAGUUAUGAGGGAGCACAAAGAUUUUCAAAGCGCGGUGAAACUUCCGGCAUCCACAAAUACCACCCCCGAAUUUCAGAUAAUUCAAGAAACAACUAGCUACCGUGUGUUUGUUCUUGACACAUCGGGAAGUAUGGAGGGAACCAGAAUAGCAACUCUUCAACAAACUGUUCAGUAUAUCAUAGAGCAAUUGAUAUCCGAAGGAAGUUGGCUAGGAAUAGUUUCAUUUAAUUCAAGCGCUACAGUAGGAAAACACUUGACAGAGGUCAAUACACAAGCUGAUCGUGAUAAUCUAAAAAAGGCUAUACCAACAAUUGCCAAAGGGGGUACAUGUAUUGGAUGUGGACUAAGUGAAGCAAUACAGGUCUUGAAAAGACAUCUUGGUAAUGCAGCAAAUGGAGAAAUCAUUCUUAUCUCUGACGGCAAGAAUAGCAAAAAUACUAAGGUUGAUAUAAACACUGCACGCCAAAAAGUAAUCGCUGAGAAAAUAGUGGUUCACACUAUAUCUGUAUCACAACAAGCUGAUACUUUACUUGGGGACAUUGCAAGAGAAACUGGUGGACGAUAUUACACGUAUCUUGACAAGGGGAGUAUAAGUCUUGUUGGUGCCUUCGACCAAAAUGUAAUGCUUUUGUCAGAGAAGAGGGAUUCGGUAAACUCUAAAGUCAAUAGAUUGAGAUUUUCAAUUGAUGACAGCCUUGGAAAGGACACUUCAUUUACCUUUAUGACGCAGAGUGAUAACAAUAUACAACUGCAGCUCAAUGGACCAAACAAUUAUUCGCAACUCCUUGAAUCGCAAGGAAAAAUUGCUACGUUAUCUAUUCCUGGUAUUGCACAGGCUGGAGAAUACGAGAUGACAAUAACAACAGACACGACUCCCAAAACUGUUGAGUAUCAUGCGAAGUCAGUGAUAACGAGCAACGAUAUAAUAAAAGUGACGACUAUGUUGUCAGCUAAUGAAGUUGACUUCUCUUCUGGCGAACUACCUAUAAUAUUUGCCGAUGUGACGAGAGGUUAUCGUCCAAUUCUGAAUGCGACAGUUUCUGCUCGUGUGGAGACAGGCAAUAAAUCGUGUGAUGUUCAUCUAAAGGACGACGGUGUUGAUCCUGAUGCAUUUGUGAACGAUGGAAUCUACUCAGGGUAUAUAUUUCCCAACUGCGUAGAUUCUGGCCGAGUGAAAGUGAAAGUAAAUGUAAAAGGAAGUGAGGGAGAAACAAUGAUACUAAAAAGUGUGACUGGGGCCUCGAGUCCGGACGAAGUUGAUGAGCCUGCAAUUUAUAACAGUUCUUUUCAACGUGUGGAAUCUCUAGAGGAGCUAUACGUUACAAGUUAUGAAGAUAAUGGGGCAUCUGAUGUUAUUGCACCUGGAAGAAUAACAGACGUAUCACUGUACAAUAUACGGACAGAAUCGUCAUCCCACGGAGAAAGCCGUAACUUUACGAUAACAUGGACAGCAACAGGAAACGACAAAAGUAUCGGUCAAGCUUCAAGUUAUAUCCUUGGCAUUUCGGAUGAUUUUGAAACUCUGCGAAAUGCGUUUGAUUCUGCUGAACAACUCGAAAUGAGAAAUGUGUCAUUAAUUCCACAAGUGACAGGCAAAACAGAAGCUUUGAAGAUAGUUGUCGAUGCUGAAAAGGCCUAUACGGAAACUGCGUAUUUUGCUAUCAAAGCUGUAGAUGAAGCUGGGAACAAGGGUGAAGUCUCAAAUAUCAUCUCUAUAGUCGUUGCUAGGGGCUAUCGUGCUACUGGUGAAGAAGGAUCUCUCGAAAUUGAAGAAGACGCAACGUCAUUUGCAGUAUAUAAUUGUGGAAUGAAAAUACUUAUAAUUGUACAGUUAUGUUUACAUUUGGUUUUAGGUUUAUGUUGAUAUCUGCUGACAGUACUCAAGGUUAUUGAUUAUAUAUCUCGGAGGCAAAAUCCUUUUUCAUAUUCUUUACUGUUUAUAAUGCAUUUCGUGCGAUAAAAUUUCAUACAGAUUUUUACAUUUGAGUUCACACAGUAAACAGGAAAUACCUGGCGUUUCAGUCAAAAAAAGAAAAGCAACCAUUCAGCUAUAUUUUCAAAGCAAUGGCUGCAUAAAAAUCAAAUUGAAAUAUUUUAGCGGACUAAACUGACACUAACACGACUAUUUGUUAACUAUUUGAUUUACCUUAAUUAGUUUAUGUAAUAUGUUUAUUAUAUGCCAUGUUUGCAGAUAUCUAUAAUCGUUAUUUGAAUUGCUGCUUAUGCGCUUACAAUUGCUACUAGUGAGAAAGAAUAUGUCAUAAGAUGUUGUACGAAAAAAAAGAAACUAUUUGCUUUCGUAAAUGAUAACCUAAAGCAUAGAAAAUAGUCCUACGGGAAACAUAGUGGGGUAGUGGUAGAGCGCUGCACUUCAAAUAUCAGGACUUGCGUGUAAUCAUCCAUGGAGAGUCUUAAUCAAACCGAGCUUGAGACAUUUUCAUUUUUUUUGUUUGUUUAUCGGUAUGUGGGUUUUCAAUUUUAAUAUCGGUGAUAUCGGGUUUUUUUUUGUUUUUGUUACACUAGUGUUUUACUAAUGUGAUAUCUCUUCAGAAAAACAAAUAGCAGGUUCAGAUUUAGUAAACAUAAGAUACUGGAUGGAUUUAAAGUAAGUAUGUUUUAACAAGAUAAUUAUAUUCAACAUGCUAUCUUAGGUCGAAACAAACGUGCACAAUUUCUCAAGCUCUUUAAAUGAGUACCUCACUGUUGCGAACUGCGAAUUAUGUUUGAAAGGACAUUUAUACUUAUACUCUGUCUAAUCGACAGUGCUUCUAGUAUAUCAACAUAAAAAUCCGUGUGCAUUAUUGUCAUUGUUCCACGUUUAUUGUAUCAUAUUGCUCCUGUUUCUAUGUAGUGUAUGCCCCUAAAUGUUUUUAUUAUGUACAUGAUUUGCUCAUGCUUUUUUGUGAUCUAUAUUCUAAACUUCAUGAAUUUCAUGUUGGCGGGAAAAUAUUUGUUUUAUUAAAAGGCUUCUAUAAUGUUGAAGAUCAGAGCAUCCGCGCAGUCUAGUCAGGAUCCAUGCUGUUCGCUAACGGUUUCUCUAAUUGCAAUAGGCUUUGAAAGCGAACAGCAUGAAUCCUGACCAGACUUGAUCCAUGCUGGUCGCAAACGCACUAUGUUGGUUUUCUCAUGGCGCGGCUCAUAUACUAUUUGAAGCUAUAUUUAAUUGGAAUUCAUUUAGCUGACUAUGAUCGUGAUUAAAGGAUAUCUCGAAAUUAACUAUAAA